GAAAAAUAGGUAGAGAGAGGACUGGAAUCCAACAAGAUGGCGGACAGCCAGGAUGAAAAGUGGAUGGAAUCCGCGUUAAAUUUGGCAAAAGAUGCUCUGAAAAAGGGCGAGGUACCUGUCGGAUGCAUAAUGGUGUACAAAAACCAAAUUAUUGGAACAGGACGAAAUGAGGUAAAUGAAACAAAAAAUGCAACAAGACAUGCAGAACUAGUGGCCUUUGAUCAAGUGAAGUUGUGGUGUGAAAGGCAAUGUCUCUGUUUUGAGGAAGUUUUGAGAGGGUGUUGUCUUUAUGUGACGGUUGAGCCUUGCAUCAUGUGUUCAGCGGCUUUGAGAUAUUUGGGUGUUCCCAAAGUAGUGUUUGGCUGUGCAAACGAACGAUUUGGAGGAUGUGGUUCCAUUUUAAACAUUCACACAGACGAAUACUCCAUAAGUACUCCACGAGUUCCACAGGAAACGCCCUUAAAUUGUGCUGGAAAGCCAUCAGAGUGUACUGUAAAUGAACGGUUCGUCAAGUCUUCUAUAGAUUCACCUCCGACUUCUCCUGAAACACAUUUCACUCACAAAUUGCCAUGUUCUACCUCGUGGAGCACAUUUAUUGACACUUCAUCAGGUGUUGCACAGGGAAGCUCAGCUAAUGCCAUAAUACCAGUUGAUUGCAUUUCAAAGAAUAGUUCCACGAACACUUCUUUAGGAUCUCCUCAGAUAAUUCUGCCCCAUGAGGCGGAAAACUCGAAUGAGAUAACAGAUGAAUUGCGUGAACUUCGGAUCCUGGGUGAAAUGUUGAUGAGACUAGCUCUGGAAAAUUAA